AUGGAGAAGGGUUCCUUGGGAGCAUUAGAUGGCACUUAUAUUGAGGUGAUAGUCCUCGAGUCCGAGAAGGCAAGAUACCGAACAAGAAAGGGUAAAAUUUGCACCAAUGUCUUAGGUGUGUGUAACCGGGAGAUGGGUUUUGUCUAUGUACUCAGUGGAUGGAAGGGAUUGGCGUCUAAUUCACAGAGUAUGGAGAUGGAUCCGGAGGAGAAAAGUAGCAUAUUUGAUGAAUUUAUGCCUGAUGGAGACGAAGAACAGGAUGGAAUGAUUGAUGUGGUGAAUAUGGAGAACAAGCACAUUUGGAGUGAUGAAGAGACUAAUGCUUUGUUGGCUUCAUAA